AAACCGGAUUCAAUAUUUAGCAAGAACACAAUGGCUGAGGCAAAGAUUUCAGUGUCUCACGAUCAGUUCACCUGCUCCGUGUGUCUGGAACUCCUGAGGGACCCGGUGACCACUGCCUGUGGACACAACUACUGCAAGCAGUGCAUUGAAGACUACUGGGAUUCAACUGGAAUGUACAAGUGCCCACAGUGCAGGAUGGUCUUUGUCUUAAAGCCCAUUCUUCAAAGAAACACCAUUCUAGCUGAAGUAGUCGAGGAGUUAAAUAAAUUUAACCUCAGCUCAGGUCCUCAGGAAAGCUCCAUCGGCCCCAUGGAUGUUCUCUGUGAUGUGUGCAUCGGCACAAAGACGAGAGCCGUAGAGACCUGUCUGACCUGCCUGGCCUCCUUCUGCGAGACUCACAUCCAACCUCACAGGGUGUCCGAAGCCCUGAGGAAACACAAGCUGGAAAUUCCGUUUGCUGACCUUAAGCGAAAACUUUGCUUGAGGCAUCAGAAGGCUGUGGAGAUCUACUGCAGGACUGACCAGACGUGUAUCUGCUAUUUGUGUGCGGCGACUGAACACAAGAGUCACGACACGGUGACGCCUGAUAUGGAGAGGACUGAGAGGCAGGCCCAGUUGCUGACCUCACUCAGCGACAUUAAGGAGAAAGUCCAGAGCAAAGAGAGGACCCUGACAAAGGUGACAGUGACAAUAGCGCAGCUGAAGAGAUCUGCUGACACAGAAAUACGAGAAUAUGAGAAGACCUUCACUUCUCUGCUUCGGUCCAUUGAGAGGCUGAGGUCCCAGGUGACUGAAGUGGUCAGAGAUCAUGAGCAGACGGAAGUGAAACGAGCUGAAGAGCUCAAAAAGCGACUGGAGAAGGAGAUUGAGGAGCUGAAGAGAAGAAACACUGAGUUGGUAGAGCUCUCACAGACAGACGAUGAUAUCCAUUUCCUCCAGAAGUUCCCAACUGUGCGUGCCUGUUCUGAAAGUCAAGAAACAACCAACACUGCUAUAAAUGUACAUUUCUUCCUUGAGGAUCUGAGGGAGAAUCUAUCAAAUCUGCAGAAGUGUUUAAAGGAGGUCAGCUGCUGGAAGUUUGUGAAUAUCAGCAAUAGUGAAUACAUGGUCCCAAAUUCUGUUAUGUCUAGCACAAUUGACAGAAACAUUCUUUUAAAACAUUCCUGUGAACUUACACUCGAUCUCAGCACCGCAAAUGAUCUUCUUCUUUUUUCUGAUGGGCACAAGAAGGUGACGUUUGGCUGGGAUGAUACCCAAUAUUCACCCCACUCAAACCGAUUUGACUGUGUGCCUCAAGUUCUCUGCAAGGAGGCUCUGUCUGGGAAUCAGAGCUACUGGGAGGUGGAAUGGACUGGAGACGGGACUGUUAUAGGAGUCACAUAUGAAGGAAUCAAAAGGAAAGGAGUGGAAGAUGAAUGUUUCCUGGGACGUAAUGACCAGUCCUGGAGCUUAUGUUGUUAUGAUUCCCAUUAUUCUGCUUGGCACAAUAACAAAGAGAUCGUCAUUUCCUCCCCACGCUCUUCUAGAAUAGGUGUGUAUGUGGAUUUUAACAAUGGCACUCUGGAAUUUUAUGAAGUGACUAACACUAUCACCCUCAUGCAUACGUUCAAGGCAAAGUUUACUGAGCCCCUCUAUGCAGGUUUCUGGGUUACUGACAGCGUAACAAUCUGCCAACUCAGUCAGUCCAUGAUGGAGCCUGAUGCCUUCAUUCAUCUGGAUGAAUUUAACUGCUGUGUGUGUCUAGAGAUCUUGCAGGAUCCAGUAACUACUGCAUGUGGGCACAACUUUUGUAAAAUGUGCAUUGAAGGAUUUUGGGAUGCGAAUGCAUCAUGCAGCUGCCCUCAGUGUCGAAAGAACUUCAGUCCAAGGCCAAAUCUUCAGAUAAACAUCCUACUAGCUGAAGUCAUAAAGAAGUCCAAGCAUCAGCAGCUGAUAGAAGCUCAGAAUGUCCUGAGAUCGGGAGAUGUGGCGUGUGAUGUGUGCACCAAGAGGAAGCUGAGAGCCAUUAAGUUCUGCUUAACUUGCCUGGCCUUCUAUUGUGAGACUCACAUCCAGCCUCACAGGCAGUGCGAAGCGUUAAAGAAACACAAAGUGGUGGAGCCAGCUGGACACCUGCAGCAGAGACUUUGUGCAGAGCACAAUACAAUGGUGGAGCUCUACUGCAGAACAGAUAAGCAGUGCGUCUGCUUACAGUGUGCGGCCGAUCAACACCGGAAUCACGAGCUGGUGGAGAUGGAGACGGAGAGAAAGGCAAAGCAGAUGCAGUUAAGGGACAUACUGAAAAUGAUUGAAAAUAAACUUCAGAUGAGAGAGGAAAAAUUAACUGAGAUGAGAACAACUGUGCAGUAUGUGAAGGCUUUCUCAGAGAAAGAAUUGCGGGAACACGAGGAGACCAUCACAUCUCUGCAUGAGUCCCUUACGAGGCUGAAAUCUGAGAUUACUGAGGUGAUUACUGAUUACAAGAAGAUAGAAGUGAGAAAAUCUGAAGAGCUCAUAGAACGACUGGAGGAGGAGAUUGAGAUGCUGAAGAGAACAGACAGGGAAAUGGCAGAGUUUUUACAGAUAGAUGACCAAGUGCAGUUCCUUCAGAAAUGUCCAACUCUCUUUGUUCUCCCUCAAGAUGAGGACCUCAUGAAUUUUGUUAUUAAUAAAGAUUUGUUUCCUGAGACUCUGAAGAAAAAUAUUUCUAAGUUAAAGAGAUUUCUUCAGGGAACCAGCUGCUUGGAGUUUGUGAAAACCACAGAGACUGAGAAUGAAGCUCCAGACUACAAAUUACAGAAUCUAAUGAUGAGAAAUGUCCUUUUGAAAUACUCUUGUCAGCUGACCCUGGACCCAAACACAUCCCAUGGAAACUUGGAUUUGUCUGAAGGAUACAGGAAGGUGAUGUGGAAAGGGAAUAUCGACUAUCCAGACCACGCUGACAGGUUUGAGUGUUGGCCCCAGGUUCUGUGCAGAGAGGCUCUCUCUGGGUCUCGCUAUUACUGGGAGGUGGAGUGGAGUGGAGACUGGGCAAUGAUUGCAGUCACAUAUAAAAGAAUAAUGAGAAAAGAAGAGGAUCACGAGAGCCUUCUUGGAGGCAACGAUAAUUCCUGGUGCUUGUUCUGCUCUGAUUCUUGUUAUUCGGUGUGCCACAAUAAGAAGAAAAUGGAAAUCACUGUACCCUCUUCCUCUAGGAUUGGUGUGUAUCUGGAUUGUCCUGCUGGCUCUCUGUCAUUUUAUAGUAUUUUGGACACACUAAGUCUUCUGCACAGGUUCAAGAGCAGAUUUACAGAGCCACUCUAUCCAGGGUUUGGGGCUGAAGGCACUGUGACACUGUUAGAGAUGAGCCAACCUCAACAAAAGACGAUGGCAGAAGCUAAGUGUGUGGUUUCGAGCGAUCAGUUCAUCUGCUCGGUGUGCCUGGAGGUGCUGAAGAACCCGGCUACUAUCCCAUGUGGGCACAACUACUGCAUGAGGUGCAUUAAAAGCUACUGGGAUGACAGUCACUUUUAUAGCUGCCCUCAGUGCAGAAUGCGAUUUUCCAAAAGACCUCUUCUUCACAGAAACGUCACGUUAUCGGCAAUUAUUGAUAGUCUGCAUGAAACCAAAUGCGUUUCUCUCCCGCCGCAGAGUUACGCCGAAGACCGAGACGUGCCCUGCGAUGUGUGUGCUGGGAGGAAGCUGCGAGCCGCGCAGUCCUGCCUUACCUGCCUGGUCUCCUUUUGCGAUGCUCACAUUCGGCCUCACCGGGAGGCUGAAGCUUUCAGGAGGCACAAGUUAGUCUCGCCGAUCGUAAACCUGCAGGAGAGGAUCUGUCCGGAGCACAACACGCCGGUGGAUCUUUUCUGCCUGACGGAUGACAAGUACGUCUGCUUCAAGUGCGUAACGACAGAGCACAAGGACCACGAAACGGUACCAGCCGAAAAGGCGAGAGCGGAGAAGCAGAGCCAGGCUGAGAUGACAUUAAAAGAAUUCAAGAAGAAAGUUUUGAAGAAAGAGAAGAAAGUAUUGGAGAUUAAAAAGAAAGUGCAGCAGCUGAAGAGCUCAUCAGUGAGAGAAAAGCAAGGAUACAAGGAGAUCUUCACCUCUCUGCUUCAGUCCGUUGAGAGCCUGCAGUCAGAGGUGACUGAGCUCAUUAGAUCUCAUGAGCAGAAAGAAAUUCUGAAUGCUGAGGCGCAGAUAGUGCAACUGGAGAAGGAGACCGAGGAGCUGAAGAGGAGAGAGGCCGAGCUGGUGGAGCUUUCACAGACAGACGACCACAUCCACUUCCUGCAGGAGUUCCCAUCUGUUUGUGCUCUUCCUAAAGAUAGAGAUUCACACAAUAUCUGUAUAAAUACAGAUUUGUUCUCAGAGACCCUGAAGAAUGACAUGCCCAUCCUGAAGAGGCAUUUGAAGGAUAUUAAUGACUUUUUGUUGCUGAAAAUCCAUAAAAUCAGAACACAGACUUCAGAAAACAUCAACGAACAAAACAUGUAUUCAUUCAGGGAGCCAUGUUGUGAACCCAUUUAUUCCAGUGCAACAUCACCGGGGCCUGGAGAAAAUCCCAAAAAUCGAUAUGAACUUCUAAAAUACAUCUGUCAGCUGACACUGGACCCCAAAACUGCACACAGAUGCCUUACUUUGUCGGAAGGAAACAAAAAGGCAACAUGGGGGGCUGGAACUCAGAGUCCUAAUUGUCAAGAAAGAUUUGAUUGCUGGCCUCAAGUUCUUUGCAAGGAAGCUCUCUCUGGAAGUCACUGUUACUGGGAGGUGGAGUGGAGUGGAAGGAGGGCUACUAUAGGGGUGGCCUAUAAAGGAAUUGCCCGGAAAGGAGAAGGAGAUGAAUGUGUCCUUGGCUGCAAUAACAAGUCUUGGUGUAUACGCAUCUGCAGUUCCACUUAUUCUGUGUGUCACAACAACACGGUGACGGAAAUAGCUGCUCAGAGCUCCAGAGUAGGAGUUUAUCUGGACUAUCAAGCGGGCUUUCUUAGCUUUUAUGCUUUGACCGACAGAAUCACACACCUACACACAAUUAACCACAAGUUCACCGAGCCACUUUAUCCGGGGUUUGGAAUUGCUGAAACUGUAAACAUCAUUGCUUGAUCUAAAACUACUCCUUAUGUAAAAAUCGGGAUUGGUCUCUCGUAGACUCCUCAUAUACU